UUAAUUUUACAUCAAAGAAAAUUGAUAAAAAAUUCAAAAAAAGUCUUGCUUGUUUGUAUUAUGCAUUACUAUAGUCACAAAGUGUUUUUAAAGGGGUGCAAGCCAAGUUUUUGAUCACUUUUUCCCCGACUAUGGAAAAUUUACAUUUGGACCCAAAUGACGUGUCCUCAUACCCAUUGAAAUUUCUAUGGUAUGGUCGCCUCCACCCAGGACUUGACCCAUGCUGGACCAAAAUCCUGGUCCCCACCAACAUUUCCGUUGCUUUUUUGUACCUAAUUUUGGCCCUAAAAGGAAUAAAUUUGUCCCACAAUCGUGACAUUUUUUUCACUGCUGAAUGUUUCCAAACUUGUAUUUUAGUAACACAUUCGAUUGGAAAAUUCUCAAAUUUUUUGUUUCACAAAAACCGUUUGCUUGGUUUGGUUGAGAAAAAAUCGCAAUUUUGGAAAUUGGACAAGUUUGACGGUCUUGUGUACGAUGAGUGUGUCUCAAUUUCAAAUUUCGUGAAGAAAAUUACGCGAUUUUACUAUUUUUUGAAUUUUUUGGUUUUGGUUUCCUUCGAUUUGCAACCCUUCACGACGGGGUAUUUGCCCACAGUGUGUUAUGUUCCCACAGGAUGGUUCAAUUUCCUAACUGGGCUUUUAUGGUACUUUUCCUGGGCUGUCCUGUUUGGGUUACCAGGAACCGAUGGGUUUUUUUGCUCACUCGCCACGUCACUAAUUAUCCAGUUCAAAUUAUUGGGGCACAAAUUUAAAACUAAUUCUAGUGAAAUGAAGAAACUCGUCGAUUAUCACAAUUAUUUAUUAAGUUACAGCAGCGAAUUGAAUGCAACUUUCAGGCCGAUUUUUUUGCUUCAGUUUAUGAUUUCGAUUGGUUCAGCUUCAGUGUCUGUUUUUAUUUUCAUGCAACCGGGCGAUUGGUCGAAUCGGAUUAAAUUUUUGUUGUAUUUUCUUGCAACAAUGGUUCAAACGGCUUUCUACUGCGUUCCUCUUGAAUUUGUGGUCAUUUCGGCGAAACAAAUUGGUGAUUUUGUUUUUGAAUCAAACUGGUAUCAAGCAAAAAACGUGAAGUUUAAGAAAUGUUUUAUUUUGAUUCUUGUAAGGGCCCAGAAAAGUGUUGGUUUUAGUGCUUAUGGACUGAUUUGGAUUAAUUUAGGGACAUUUCUUGUGAUUUGCAAAACAGUGUUUAGUUUCUACACAUACUUGAAUUCUGUCAACAAAAUAGCAUCCUGAAAAUAUUUCAACAACAAUGGAGUAGC